GCCAGGCGCUAUUUAAGGGCCUGCUUCCCCCGGCUCGGAGCUGCCUGCAGCUCCUGCCCUGUCCUCCAGGAACUGCCGGAGGCUCGCAGGUCUCGGAACUCAUCCCGCCGCGGGGGCUGCCGCCGUGGCAUGGGCGCCGCGGGCCUGCUGUGGGUUUUCUUGGCUCUCGUCGCCCCAGGUGUCCAUGGGAUUUCUUGUGGCCGUCCUCCUCCCAUCCACAAUGGUUGGCACAGUCAGUAUUCUGAACCCAUAGCUCUUGAUACCAUCAUAAGGUACAGUUGUUCCCCUGCCUUCCGCCUCAUUGGAGAAAAGACUAUUUUUUGUAUAAGUAAAGACCAAGUGCAAGGAGUCUGGGAUAAGGCCGCUCCUAUAUGUGAAUACUACAAUAGACUUUCUAUUUGCCCCAUGCCCACAGUACCACACGGGUACAAAAGUAAAGGCUCCAGACCACCAUACAGACAUGGUGAUUCUGUGACAUUUGUCUGUGCAACCAACUUUACCAUGAAAGGAAACAAAACUGUUUGGUGCCAAGCGAAUAAAAAAUGGGGGCCGACACAACUACCAACCUGUGAAAGUGAUUUUCCUCUGGAGUGUCUACCACUUCCCAUGAUCCCCCAUGGACAUCACACGGGGGAGAAUGUGGGCUCCAUUGCCCCAGGAUUGUCUGUGACAUACAGCUGUGACCCUGGUUAUUUGCUUGUUGGAGAAAAGGCCAUUCGCUGUUUGUCUACGGGAGACUGGAGUGCUGUCGCCCCCACAUGUAAAGAGGCAGAGUGCGAACUGCCAAGACAAUUUCUCAAUGGGCAGGUAAAGAUGCCACCAAGUCUUCAGGUUGGCGUAACUGUGAACUUUUCCUGUAAUGAAGGGUAUCGAUUACAAGGCCAGUCUUCCAGUCAGUGUGUGAUUGCUGGACAGCAAGCUGUUUGGACCAAAAUGCCAGAAUGUAAAGAAAUUCUUUGCCCGUCACCUCCCUCUAUUGUCAAUGGAAGACAUACAGGCCACUCUUCAGGGAAUGUUCCAUAUGGAAGAACAGUCACUUAUACCUGUGACCCAGACCCAGAGGAAGGAGUGAAGUUCAUCCUUAUUGGGCAGAGCACUAUUCGUUGUACAAGUGAUAGUCAGAAGAUCGGGACCUGGAGCGGCCUUGCCCCACACUGUGAACUAUCUACAUCUGCGGUCAAUUGUCCAUAUCCCCAGAUCCUAAGAGGAGAAAUAUUAACUACAUGGAAAGAUAAAUACACUUAUAAUGACACUGUUGUAUUUGCUUGCAUAUCUGGCUUCACCUUGAAGGGUAGCAAACAAAUCCGAUGUAAUGCCCAAGGCACAUGGGAGCCAUCAGCCCCAGUAUGUGAAAAGGAAUGCCAGGCUCCUCCUGAAAUCCUCAAUGGGCAAAAGGAAGAUAAACACAGGGUCCGCUUUGAUCCUGGAACAUCGAUAAAAUAUAGUUGUGAUGUUGGCUAUGUGCUGGUGGGAAAAGAAUCCAUACAUUGUACCCCUGAUGGAGAGUGGAUACCCAGGGCCCCCCAUUGCAAAGUGGCAGAGUGUAAACUAGUAGGAAAGGAGCUAUUUACAAAACCCGAAGAUCAAUUUAUUAGACCACAUGUUAACCCUUUUUGCAAAGAAGGAUACCGGUUAGGUAAAAGUGUUUACCAGCAGUGUCAAGGCACCAUUCCUUGGUUUAUGGAGAAUCGUCUUUGCGAUGAAAUCACCUGCCCACCACCCCCUGCCAUCGACAAUGGGAUGCACACAGGGAGUUCCUCAGAAGAUGUUCCAUAUGGAACCACAGUCACUUACACAUGUAAUCCUGGGCCAGAGAGAGAAGUGCAAUUCAACCUCAUUGGAGAGAGCACCAUCCGCUGUAUAAGCAAUGAUGAGGAAAUAGGCACCUGGAGUGGCCUUGCUCCCCACUGCGUCCUUUCCAUACCUGCUGUCCAGUGCUCACAUGUCCACAUUGAAAAUGGGUACAAGAUAUCUGGCAAAGAACCCCCAUAUUUCUACAAUGACAGCGUGACGUUCAAGUGUAAUAAUGGAUUUACUUUGAAGGGCAGCAGUAAGAUUCGGUGCAAAGCCAGUAACACCUGGGAUCCUGAAAUUCCAGUUUGUGAAAAAGGCUGCCAGCCACCCUCUGGGCUACACCAUGGUCAGCACACAGGUGGAAAUACGGUCCUCUUUGUCUCUGGGAUGACUGUAGACUACACUUGUGACCCUGGCUACUUGCUUUUGGGAAACAAAUCCAUUCGCUGUAUGCCUUCGGGAAAUUGGAGUCCUUCUGCCCCACGGUGCGAAGAAGCAUGUCAGCCUGUGAGAAAGGACUUUCGGGAAGUUCCAGUUGAUUCACGCGUGGAACUGGUUAAUACCUCCUGUCCAGAUGGGUACCAGUUCACUGGAUAUGCUUUUCAGAAGUGUCAAGAUGCUGAGAAUAGGGUUUGGUUCCAAAAAAACUCACUUUGUCAAGUGAUUCACUGUCAACCUCCACCAGUGAUUGACAAUGGGAGUCACUCAGGCAUGAUGGCAGGACACUUUCUAUAUGGAAAUGAAGUCUCUUAUGAAUGUGACCAAGGAUUCUAUCUUGUGGGAGAGAAAAAUUUACAGUGCAGAAAUGAUUCUAAAGGACAUGGAUCUUGGAGUGGACCUCCCCCUCAGUGCUUAGAAUCUCCUGCCAUAACUCAUUGCCCUAACCCCAAAGUCAAACACGGAUACAAGCUCAAUGAAACCCAUUCUGCAUAUUCCCACAAUGACACGGUAUAUGUUGCCUGCAACCCCGGCUUCAUCAUGAACGGCAGUCACUUGAUUAAGUGUCAUACAGAUAACACAUGGGUUCCAGGUGUCCCAACGUGUAUCAGAAAGGCUUUCUUAGGGUGUCAACCUCCAUCCAAGAUCCCCCAUGGGAAUCAUACUGGUGGCGAUGUUGCUGAGUUUUUCCCUGGAAUGUCCAUCCGGUACAGCUGUGAUCCAGGCUACCUGCUGGUGGGAGAGGCACUCCUUCUUUGCACAUAUGAGGGAACCUGGAGCCAACCUGCCCCUUAUUGUAAAGAGGUAAACUGCAGUUCUCCAGCAAGCAUGAAUGGAAUCCAGAAGGGGCUUGAGCCCAGGAAAAUGUAUCAGUAUGGCGCUGUCGUAACCCUGGAGUGUGAAGAGGGGUACACCCUGGAAGGCAGUCCUCAGAGCCAGUGUCAGGCAGACCAUCAGUGGAACCCUCCCUUGGCUGUCUGCAGGUCCCGUACACUUGCUCCUCUUCUUUGUGGUAUUUCUGUAGGUGCAUUUCUUCUUAUCUUCUUGAUUGGUGUCACAUUAUACAUGAUACUAAAACACAAAGAACGCAAUUAUUAUACAAACAAAAGUCCUAAAGAAGAAGCUCUUCAUAUAGAAACACGAGAAGUAUAUUCUACUGAUCCAUACAACCCAGCAAGCUAAUCAGAAGACAAACUGUGUGCUUCAUUGCUUGAAAUCCAACUGAACAUUGAUUGUAAAAAAACCACUCCCAUAUCAACAAGUCUCUUGGUGUGGUCUCCAGAUUGAUGGAAUGAUUUCAUAAGCUAUCACUUCCUAUACACACUCACCUCCAAGAGGACCUCUUCGUGGUGAAGAUGGGAGCCCAGUUUCACUGCGGUGUGCUCUUCAAGGACUUUCUCUGUGAUGUGUGAAGCCAGGCUGUGGCUAUACAUAAUUACAUGGCUGUAAAGGUAUUGCCUUUUUAAGGAAGGCACUAAAAGGAGUUGUUCUCAUAUCUGGAUUCUCUUUUUGUGAACAACAUACUUACUGUUACCAUUCAGUUUGGGUUAUACCGUGCUUUUAAUUAUUUAAGCAAAGUACAAGUAUUUCCCGUGGUUAUGAUGGGGAUACCUUUUUAUCCAGAUAUCUGGUUUUAUUUUAAUAAAAGUAGCUUGUUUCUUUGACAUCAUUAAACAUUUCACUCACCCCCCCUUGGUUUGAGUUUUUUACCCAAUACUGUAAUACUUUUCCUUUCUAUAAUCAUUUGGUGAUUCCAAUUGGUACGCGUUUUUUGAAAUCGUGGAGUCAAGUUUUAAUCCCAAAAAUUUGGUGUACAAUUUAAGCUUUGGAUAUUUCCUUAGAAGUUUUGUCAUAAGCUCUAAUUGCUUGUAAAAUGUCAUUCGAUAAUGUGUAUAUGGGCCAUUGAAUUGUAUACAUAAAUUGUAUGUAUAAAAAACAA